GAACCAAGAACAUUGUGUGCCUGCCUCAACUGAGGCUGUCCCAUCAAGCUCUUAUGGCUCAGCAACGUGGGGUUAAUAGCCUGCGCUUCAAUCAAGAUCAGAGCUGUUUCUGCUGUGCUAUGGAGACGGGUGUUCGGAUCUAUAAUGUGGAACCACUUAUGGAGAAGGGGCACCUUGAUCACGAACAGGUGGGCAGCGUAGGGCUGGUUGAAAUGCUACACCGUUCUAAUCUCCUUGCUAUUGUAGGAGGAGGUGGCAACCCUAAAUUCUCUGAGAUCUCAGUCUUGAUCUGGGAUGAUUCUCGUGAAGGGAAGGAAGGCAAAGACAAAUUAGUACUGGAGUUCACCUUCACCAAACCAGCAUUGGCUGUUCGCAUGAGACAUGACAAGUAUGUUUGGAGUUCAUUCUCUUUCUCCUGGUUCCAGAAUAUGGGGCUUUGUGAUCUCUGUCCCAGUUUGGAAAAGCAGCUCCUGGUUUUCCCUGGGCAUAAGUGUGGCAGCUUACAGCUUGUGGAUCUUUCAAGCACCAAGCCUGGCACCUCGUCUGCCCCAUUCACCAUCAAUGCUCAUCAGAGCGAGAUUGCCUGUAUCUCCCUCAACCAACAGGGCACCGUUGUGGCCUCUGCCUCAAAGAAAGGGACCCUCAUCCGCCUCUUUGACACACAGACCAAGGAGAAGCUAGUAGAGCUCAGGAGAGGGACCGAUCCAGCAACUUUGUAUUGCAUUAACUUCAGCCACGACUCUUCAUUUCUCUGUGCAUCCAGUGACAAAGGGACUGUCCAUAUCUUUGCCUUGAAAGAUACCCGAUUAAAUCGCCGCUCAGCAUUGGCUCGUGUGGGAAAGGUUGGGCCUAUGAUAGGUCAGUAUGUGGAUUCUCAGUGGAGCCUGGCCAGCUUCACUGUGCCAGCGGAGUCUGCUUGUAUCUGCGCUUUUGGGAGAAACACCUCCAAGAACGUCAACUCGGUCAUUGCUAUCUGUGUGGAUGGUACUUUCCAUAAGUAUGUCUUCACUCCCGAUGGAAAUUGCAACCGUGAGGCUUUUGAUGUCUACUUGGAUAUAUGCGACGACGAUGACUUUUGAGUGUAGCUUUAUUCCCAUUGUUCAGGCAAAAGCAUGUGAAGCUGAAGCAUUGAAAUCCAAUGUUGCACAAGCAGCAAACAGGAGUUUCCUCUCCUCUCCACCUUUGCCCCCAUAUGUUCCAGGAGGUUCCUUAAUAUUCCAUUAACAAAUUUGGAGGUGUGGGGGAAAGCUGCAGGGAACAGGAAUUCUGCUGGCAGAAGACCAUCAUUAGAUACAAUGCAGAGGUUUUCAGAGUGCUGAGAUGGCAAAGGCAGAAAGAACCUUGCUGUAAGAUGGGGGGUGGGGUGAAUUCUGGACAACAGCUGCAUUCUUUAUUUCUUGAUGCCACCUUUCCAGAAGUCUGUUCUUAUUGCUGCUUUAGCUCAGCUGCCAUAUUCAUGUGGGACUGAGAAAUACAGCUGAGUUUGGGGAGCAAGAACUUGUCAGAUCGCUGUAUUUCCUAUACCCUGGUACCUUAGGAGGUACGUAUCUGGAUGCGCCCGACAGUGAUGGGCAUUUGGGGAGGAGGAAAAAGGCACAGUUAACGUUAAGAAUCCAUAACAGAUGUUUAUGUUGUUUAAUUGACAUUCUGUGAUCAAUAAAGGAUGGAGGACAUUCUGAAGAAC